UGUUCUAAGGUGACUGUCAGCCGCUUUCAUGGUUUCCGGAUCGUAAAGGGUUAAACCGUGCGUUAAUAACCGGGUGUUACCGGUGGUGUUGACGUACACUCAAACGGUUUGCGGUUAGUUUCAGUUUGCUGAGGGGCUAGUUGUUGCGGCGGAUCGACACGCAGAUACGUCCUCUGCAUUUUCCUUUUUGAGAACGUGCGGGGGGUUUUGGCGGCAGAGGAGGAGGGUGAUCCGCAGGAGCAGCGGGUCAGGGCACCGGGUCCGGGACAGCAGCAUCACUCCAGCUACUCUGUGUCGGUUGUUUCCGGAGGCUCCGACCCGAACACCCCCCGACUCUGUUUACACCGGUGGCCGGACGUGCAUGCGCUUUACCGGACUGUCACGAGGAAGGACGCGCGCUCCAGCUCGAGGCUGGUGUUCGGACUCGGUUCCGUCAGUAGAAUGUUACCGAGCCAGGUCGGGUCGGCUCCAUCUGGGAACGGGUCCGCUUCAGGCAGAGGCUCCGGGGGGCACGGGUCGGGGGUCGGGGUCCGUCCCGUGCUGGUCCGAGCAGGGCAGGGUUUACCGGGGGUCGGCAACGACACCGGCAGAGAGCCGGUGGGGAUGCUGGGGGCCAACGGUCCCAGAGGAGCCAGGCCGGGCAACGGCGCCGGGGUCACCCCCCUCCAGAGCGGCAUGGUGGGGCUGAACGCCGGGGUGGUCCUGCCCCACGGGGCCCGGUUCGACCCGGACCGGGAGAGCGCACCCCUCUGCAGCUCCGACAACGACUCGGACUCCGUGGACGACGACGACCCCGUGGGUUCACUCGGGGACAGGAGGGGGGUGAAGCGGGAGAGAGGGGAGAUGGAGGCCGCGGUGACCGGCCAGGAGGUGGGAGUCCCGCCCGGGGGGUACAGCAUGGUGCCCGGGGGGGUGGCCGGGGCCAAACCGGGCAAGAAGACCCGGGGACGGGUCAAGAUUAAGAUGGAGUUUAUUGACAACAAGUUAAGACGGUACACGACGUUCAGCAAGAGGAAGACUGGCAUCAUGAAGAAGGCCUAUGAACUGUCCACGCUGACGGGGACGCAGGUCCUCCUGCUGGUGGCCAGUGAGACGGGUCACGUGUACACCUUUGCCACCCGUAAACUUCAGCCCAUGAUCACCAGUGAAACAGGCAAAGCGCUCAUCCAGACCUGCCUCAACUCACCCGACUCUCCGCCGCGCUCCGACCCGUCCACGGACCAGCGCAUGAGCGCCACAGGCUUCGAGGAAACCGACCUGACCUACCAGGUGUCGGAGUCGGAGAGCAUGGGUGACACCAAGGACACGCUGAAGCCAACCUUCACGGUGGCGAACCUGCCGGGCGCCGCCAGCAGCGCCCCGUCCACGGCGCCCACCACGUCCACUACCAUGCAGGUGAGCAGCGGGCCGUCCUUCCCCAUCACCAACUACCUGGCCCCCACCUCGGCCAACAGCAGCAUCAGCGCCAAUGGCACCGUCCUGAAGACCGCCGCCGCCUCCACGGGGGUCAUGCAGCUGCCGGGGGGCUUCACCUUCAUGUCUGGAGGGGGCGUUCCUCAGCAGCUCCAGGCCAUCCAGGUCCACCCCAAUGCCCCGCCCACCUCCAACAGUGACAGCAGCCCCGACAUCGCCCACUCCUCCAGCAACUCCACCGCCACAGUGAGUCUCCCGGCGACCAUCGUGACGUCGUCGGUGCCCACGUCGGUGGCGGGUCACAUGAUGUACCCCAGCCCUCAUACGGUCAUGUACGCAUCCACGCCGGCGUUGGCCGACGGGGGCUUGGCCGUGCUCAACGCCUUCUCCCAGGGAACGUCAGCCAUGCAGGUGUCCCACCCCCAGGCCCCGGACACAGGUGCGGUUCCUCAGGUGUUCCUCACGGCGCCCCCUGGGACGGUCCAGAUUCCGAUGUCGGCGGUGCAGCUUCAUCCAGUACGAGAUCUGCAUUUUACAAAUGGUGAUUGGACAGCAGUCGAGCGGCAGCAGCACUAACCUGACAGAGCUGCAGGUGGUCAACCUGGACGCCGCCCACAGCGCCAAGAGCGACUGACGGACGCCGCACGCACACACGGGCGGGCCACGCCUCUAUUUAUUGAUGCCUUCCUUCAGUUCCACGUCUGAAUGUGAUGAAUAUAUCGACCUGGUCCAGGACCGACGUGACCCACCCUCGCACCCGUUUGGUCAAAUAUAAAUAUAUAUAUAUAUGUAAACGUAUAUGAGACGCGUAGGAGACGCCGCUGCUGCCGCUGUGUCCUGGCCGGGCGCCGCCUCCUACGCUCUUAGAUGGUUAUUUUAGCGUGUGGGUGUGUUUUCAGGUUGUGUAAUGACGUGAACUUCACACCAGCCAAAGAGACAACGACUGAAUGUUCCAGAAAUCUGGAUUUGGAGACAAGACGGGAAACCACGACAACAAACAAAAACAAACAACAAAAACAAACAACAAUAGAGACGUUUGUACAUGUACAUAAUGUUUUUUAAAUAACUUGUAUUUUUCUGGUUUAGUUCGUGCGACGCAUGUUUGUGUUUUUUACGUCGUGGUUUGUUUUUUUGUAUGAUUUGGAUUCUUCACAUUCAGAUGUAAAUUAAUUUAAUUGACUGUCAUGUGUUGAUGCUGUCGCAGUUUUCACUACAACACAACAAACGCUGGAGGUUUUUAUACGUUAUUUUCCUGUUUUGUUUUUUUUUUGGUCAUAAAAUGUAAAAGUGAAAAAUCUGAAUUCACUGAUUUAUGUUGAAAUGUUGAAGCUCCGAUGUUUUGGUGAAUUAGACGUGACGAGGCUGGGUGAUAAUUAUAGAGUUAUAUCAUUAUUAUUAUUAUUAUUAUUAUUAUUUACAGUUUAAAGGAGGGUUUUGGUUCUGAGUUAAAGUUAUUUAUGAUUUUACAAAUAAUUAGUCAAAGAUUCAUGAUGGAGUCGAACACGUGUGGAUUUAGUUUAUUAUUAUUUCAUGAAUUAGAAUGUUUUUAGUUUAAUAAAAACCAGUGAAACAUAGUAAAAGAAUAGCAUUAAUAUAAUUAAAUAAUGUUUUUAUUCAAACAGAUGAAACUGACACUAAUUUAAAAGUAAAACAUCAACAUUUUAUGAAACUGAAUGUUUUGUCACAUUUGUGUUUUUAUCGCCCAGCCUCGACUCGUCGCCGUGGUUACGAUCAGCUGAAUGCAAGGUUUCGUCAUGAAGCCUGAACGGCACCUUCUCUACAAACUAAAGCUAUAAACGACAAUCGAACGGAAACUACACGUUUUCAAACUGAAAAAA